CACACUUGCAUGCGCACAUCUAUGCAGCGCUGCUGUCGAAGCAUCAUGUGACCCAGCUACCCAAUCCAAGACCCGGUUGCUCAAUCGGCCAAACAUCUGCCUCGGCUGUCUCAGCCAAUCCCCGUGGCUGUUAAAGCUCGUGCCUCUCAGCGCUUGCUGUUGGUUUGUGUGUUUUCUCGUCCGCCUGUGCGAGAGGAAGUGUGGCUUUCCUGUCAGGGGAGGGUCCUGGAUUAAGUCGGCUCAGACCCAACGCUUAGCUGAUAGCUGCUGCUGAAGCCCCGCUAACAGUCUGAAGGCUGCUAGGGUUUACGUUGGCACACCGCAGUGGGGAGCAAAGGGAGCAAAUUGUUUUGUUUGUCUGUGGUGCUGAAGGAGGAGGAGGAGGAGGAGGAAAGAAUGUGACUUCAGCUGAGCUGGCGGUUUGUAGCUGUGGGGAAAACAGAGAUACGGAGGCAGAGAAAGCGACCUUGCACUCUGCUAAAUGGACUGAGAGAUGCACUGGCUUAUUGCAGCAUGUCUAUUGGAGCACAGCACCCAGAGGCUGAGACGGGAUUUGUUCCUAGUGUUCAAGACUUUGACAAGAAGCUAGCUGAAGCUGACGCCUACCUACAGAUUCUGAUUGAUCAGUUAAAGCUGUUUGAUGAGAAGAUCAAGGACUGCAAAGAGGAUGAAUCACGCAGAAAAAUUGAACAUUUGAAGGAGACUACUUGUAGUAUGGUAGAGUCCAUCAAGCACUGUAUUGUACUGCUGCAGAUUGCCAAGGACCAAAGUAACGAACAGCAACACGCAAACGGACCUAUAAGCACCAUCAACCCAGUGGAUGGGAUCUACCAGCCCCCUCUGGACACUCCAGCGGUGAACACAAUGCCAACACAGACAACACUACCCCCAGACGCGUCUCAGGUGUGCAAAUCAGACCAACGACCCUCCACGUUACCUGUUGGUCCCGUCGUCACAGUGAUGGGCAGUCUGCAGACCCCGACUCCCAACAGCACAGGGAGUGGCCCGUCAGGCCCCAGCAGCGGCGUCGCCUCCCCGGCUCACAUCCCCCUCCCCUCACACUCGGUGCCAGACUUCUCCUACUCCUCCAGUGAGGACGAAUUCUAUGACGCCGAUGAGUUUUACCAGAGCAACACUUCCCCCAAACACUGCAUAGAUCCCUCAGGGCCUCCAGCUGCCUCGCCCCUUACUAACGAAGAAACGGCUCUGAAACGACCCAACACUACAGAGUCCCUCAACUCUUCGAUGUCCAAUGGCACCACAGACACGGACCAGUUUGACUGCCACGAUGACCGUGACGACGACGGUGAAAGGGAGUCUGUGGAAGAGCACAAGAGCGUCAUCAUGCAUUUGCUGUCUCAAGUUCGACUGGGCAUGGACCUCACAAAGGUGGUCCUGCCUACCUUCAUCCUAGAAAGAAGGUCUUUGUUAGAAAUGUAUGCAGAUUUCUUUGCACACCCCGACUUAUUUGUAAGUAUCGCUGAGCAGCCAGAGCCCAGGGAGCGGAUGGUGCAGGUGGUGAGGUGGUACCUGUCGGCUUUCCAUGCCGGAAGGAAAGGCUCAGUGGCCAAGAAACCGUACAACCCAAUCCUAGGAGAAGUCUUCUACUGCCACUGGGAUCUUCCCAGCGAGACAGAGGAGCCUUCGCCACCUACGGAGACGGUAUCAGAAGGCCCGGUUCCCUGGGCUUCAUCCAACAGCGUGUCUUUUGUGGCAGAGCAGGUCUCUCACCACCCGCCCAUUUCUGCGUUCUACGCCGAGUGCUUAAGUAGGAAGAUCCAGUUCAACGCUCACAUCUGGACUAAAUCUAAGUUUCUGGGCAUGUCCAUAGGCGUCCACAACAUCGGCCAAGGCUGCGUGUCAUGUUUGGAGCACGAUGAGCAUUACAUUCUCACCUUUCCUAACGGAUAUGGCAGGUCGAUCCUCACUGUGCCGUGGGUGGAGCUUGGUGGAGAGUGCAACAUCUCCUGCUCCAAGUCGGGCUACAGCGCUAACAUCGUGUUCCACACCAAACCCUUCUAUGGUGGAAAGAAGCACAGAAUCACUGCAGAGAUCUUUUCACCAAACGACAAGAAGUCUUUCUGCUCCAUUGAGGGAGAGUGGAACGGAGUCAUGUAUGCUAAAUGGGCGACUGGAGAGAACACGGUGUUCAUAGACACUAAGAAGAUGGGCAUCGUUAAGAAGAGAGUGAGGAAGCUGGAAGACCAGCUCGAGUACGAGUCUCGAAGACUGUGGAAGGAUGUGACUCUGAACCUGAAGAUAAAAGACAUCGAUGCAGCGACAGAAGCCAAGCACCGGUUGGAGGAGAAACAGAGAGCUGAAGCCAGAGAGAGGAAGGAGAAGGAGCAGCAGUGGGAGACCAGGCUAUUCCACGAGGACGGCGAGUGCUGGGUCUACGACGAGCCGCUAUUAAAGAGAUUAGCCUCCCAGAGGCACUGAGAAGAGCGCGCCGCACUCGGAUGCAUCAAGAAUGCACACACAACAGAGUCUUCAUAAGAACUCUUUUGCAGAAACCACUUGUUAUUCAAGCCUUGGAAUGACUGAUGAUUGAAUCUCUACACUGCUUUGCAUUUGACUGUAAAACAAUAUGGAAAUGAAUGAAAAGCAUCAAAGAUGUAACAUGAAUAUUAGUAAAGCUCCUCUCCUUA